UUCUUUAUAAAAUAAACUCUAUGUUUAACUGGAAACAGUGAACUUAUUUAUUUGCGGUCUUAGUCGUUCAAGUUCCUAUACCAAAUAUGCCAAGAGGCGGUAAAAAAGGUCACAAGGGCCGGGGAAAGCAGUUCAGCAACCCUGAAGAGAUUGAUAGACAGAUGAAAGCACAGAGAGAGCUGGAGGCGAACGGUGGAGUAGAGAAGGAGGAGGAGAAGUCAUCAGGAUCUGACGACAGCAGCAGUGAAGAGGAGGACGUUAAUAAGAAGAAGAGUGGAGUGGAAGGAUUGAUUGAGAUUGAGAAUCCCAACCGUAUAUCCCAGAAAAGUAAGAAGGUGACCGAGCUUGAUGUCAACGCACCCAAAGAGCUGUCACGCCGAGAGAGGGAGGAGAUAGAGAAGCAGAAAGCUAAGGAACGCUACAUGAAGCUUCACCUAGAGGGGAAGACAGACCAGGCACGGGCCGACCUCGCCAGGCUGGCCAUCAUCAAGAAGCAGAGAGAGGACGCACAAAAGAAGAGGGACGGCCUCAAAAAAGAAAAAGAAGCUGAAGACUCCAAGUCCAAGCGUUAGGCCUGUCUCCCGAGGACUUGGCCUGGAAAACGAUCUGGGGAGGAUGGAGAGACAAGAAGACUGUAGGAGGGGAUCGAUAUGAGGGUUGUCAGCUCAGGGGUAAUAUGUGCUUGGGCUCCUGCCCUUCAUCUCCGAUGAGGGAAGGGUGUGAGCCGGGUGUUAUGGAGGAGACGGAAAAGGAGCACUUCAGGUUUGCCUGUUUAGUUCCUCCGUAUUCUGUGAGGUCACAGCGGCAGGCAUUCUAGUGUCUUCACUCCUCCCCUGUGUUCUAAUUCUAAAGCUGCUGGAGAUCAUUCUUUGAUUAUAUUUUUUGCAUUUUAACACUGUUUACUUAUGAAUGGGAAGUGUUGUGGGAGGAUGAGUAGGGGUUUGUAUACUUUCAUCUGACCUG